GUGACCGUGAGUCGACUGCACUCUCUGAGUUGACUAUUGUCGUCCGUUGCCGAAAUUUGCAAAACUGUCGCGUGAGCUCGUGAGAGGUUAACUUUAUUGAUUGUUGAUUUACUUAGAAGUUAGCUUUAUUAUGUCCGGUCUAAAGUUAGGUUUGUCGUGUCUAAUAAUAAUCUGUGCCUUGAGUACACAUGCAGGUGCAAACAGCGAUGGCGAUGGCGACAUCCCGCUGUCCAGGAUUCGGGGCAGCGCCGGACCAACGCUAAAAUUUUUCUACUGUUACUCAUGUGGCUACAGAAAGGUGUUUGACGACUAUGUCAAUAUUCUGCAACAGAAAUAUCCUGGGCUAAAUAUCGAUGGAGAGAAUUUCAAUCCAGCUGGUUACAAGCUAUUUUUGGCAAAAUUUUUGGGCAUGUCUAAAAUCCUGGUGAUCAUCAUAAUAUUAUGCGGCAUAAACGUAUUUGCCCCGUUAGGCAUUCGUCAGCCAUCUUGGUGGCAAUGGUGCACUGAUAAUCGUCUCUAUGCCUGCAUGAUGCUCUUCUUUCUCUGCAAUGCAAUUGAAGGACAGUUAAUUGCAUCUGGGGCUUUCGAGAUCCUACUCAAUGAUGUUCCUGUAUGGUCUAAGCUAGAAACUGGACGAAUACCGCAGCCUCCAGAACUCUUUCAGAUCAUAGACAGUCACAUGCAAUUUGGAACAAUGGAUGUUGAACAUGACGGGUUCGGUAAAUAAUGAUAAGCCUGAUAACCACUAUUGUCAAAGAAAAACUAAAAAUGUUUUUUAUAAUUACGUAUCUAGAUAAUAAUGGAAACUACAACGUGUGCCGUUUGCUUUACCACAUGUUAUACUACUUUGCAGAAGCGAUAGUAGAAUAUGUAUGAUUUAUCUUUAAAUGAUUUUAAUAUCGUUGUGCGAAUUGAAGUUCACUUUGCAUUUACUGUUGUUCCGGAACAAUAAUUCCUAUUGAAUCUAAAGACAGUUUAUCAGUAUGUCAUUGACGGAAUUUUUGAUGUCUCGAGUGUAUCAGGGCAGCCUUUUUUGGUUUAAAGAUGAUUUACCAGAGGUUUCAGGUGGUAGAUGACUGUAUUAUAUUUGUACUACAAGACAAAUGAAUUUGUAAUUGUCAUGUUGUAAAUCUUGAGUAAUUCAUUUAUGGUCUUUAGGUGGAUAAGAUUCCAUGUACAUAUACGUAUGUUCGUUAACGAACACUUGUCAAAUGUUGUAUUAUAUUUCUUAUCAACUA